GGUGACAAGGUCUUCCAGGAGGAGGAGCAGAACCACUUGUCCUUGGACCUCCACCCGUCGUUGAUAGCUGGCCUCCAAUUCUACUUCAAAGUCAGUACACCGUUGUGUUGGUGUGUCCGAUUACGCUGGUCCACUGAUACUCACAGAGCACUUUCCCUCAGCCUUCAGAGUUGGAGUGCACCUGCCGGCAGUGCUCUGGAUGCCAGGCAACAGCGGUUCGGCAUUUCCUCACUCUGCCCAGAGUGUUACUCCUUCACAUGAAGCGCUUCCACCACGACGGGGCACGGUUGAGGAAGGUGACCGAUGCUGUCAGCGUUCCUCCAUGGCUGUCUCUGGCCUCCCUCGUUGGAGAGCAGGGUGCUGCAGCUGGGAUAGACCCACUGAGAUCAAGUUAUGGAGAGGGGGACAUCGCAUCUGGAGCAAAACCAAGUGCAAACAUGGAAGGAUCACAGCAACCAGAGCACCUACCGUCUGUCGGGGAUGGUCUCUCACCUCGGGGAGAGCAUCAACACCGGCCACUACGUCAGUGACGUCGCUGGAGAGGACGGCGCCGGAUGGUUGACCCUCAACGACGCCCGUGUGACGCCCGCGGAGACGCCGGUCCUGAGGACCAGAGAGAAGACCGCCUACAUGUUGUUUUACGUCCUAAGUGGAGCAGAAGAGGGAAGCCAUGUCCCACUGGCUCAGAACCAGGAGCCAUCUGGAGCUGAGAGGGACUGACACCUGUGAGGCCCGGGAGAGCGUUUGAUUGGUGGAGCCUCUACAGCCCGCUCUGUGGGCCGCACCCUGCAGCCCCCCUCUACAGCUGAGGCCCACCUUUAAACGCCCCCCUAGGGGCCAC